AUGAGACAGACGUUUGUUUCCCUUUUCCAUGAAUCUCCUAUUUCUCUUCUGACGCGCCCUUGGAAGAAAAACCGCGAUGGGACUUUAUUCUACGGUUUGUCCAAGUCUGGUAACAGACGUACUGCACUAACCACCAAGCAAGGUAACAAGACGAUGUACAAAGGUACCCGCUCUUCUGGUAUCGGUAAACACACCAGAUAUGGUGGCUACACAAUUCAAUGGAACAAAGUACGUACAUUUGUGACUCCAAAAAACUACAACACAGAUCUGAAACCACUCGUGAGCCAUAAUUUGCCAGAACUUAAGCACUCCUUUAAAGGCUUUGAAAAAGGUGCAUUGGAUUCGAAGCUCUAUUUUGACAAGCUAAGAAACUACGUUAAGCACGGGAAAGUUCAAAGCGAAGCAUCUGACGUGAACUGUUACCUCGAGAGGGGCUGA